AGCCGGCAGGGACGCCUCGGCGCCAUUGGUUCACACGCCCUGAGUGCGUCUCGCCGCAGCGAUGCCAAAGAACAAGCUCGGAGGGAACAAGGCCAAGCGCGCCAAGGCCGAUGCCACGAAGGUGAAGAAGGAGCUUGAGUUCAAGGAGGACGGCCAGGAGUAUGGGCAAAUAUUGCGCAUGCUUGGCAAUGGGCGUUGCGAGGUGAGUUGCUUCGACGGCACUAAGCGCUUGUGCCACAUCCGAGGGAAGAUGCGGAAAAAAGUGUGGGUCAACCAAGGAGACAUUGUGCUGGUAUCUCUGCGGGAUUUCCAGGACGAGAAGGGCGACAUCAUCGUGAGGUACACACCCGACGAGGCUCGAAACUUGAAGACGUACGGCGAAUUGCCAGACACCGUCAAGAUCAACGAGACGGACAUAGUGGACGAGCUCAGCGAGGAUGGCGUAGAGUUUGACGAGUCUGCCGGGGUCAACAUCAACGACAUCUGAUUGUCACUAGCCCAGCGUGCACGAAUGCAGGUAGCAUUAUCAGAGUGAGGGGUCCGAACGGUCAUUCAUUGUCCCUGCUUGAUGCGGUGUUGCUGUUGCUGUUGCUGUUGCUGUUGCUGUUGCUGCUG